AUGCCGCCGCUGGCCGCCUCCCUGCUCGUCCCCUCCCCCUCGCCGCCGUGCCAUCUCCUCCUCCGACGCCGACCUCGCGCCGGCAGCCUCCGGCCUCUGGCGCCUCGGCUGCCGCGCCUCUGGCGUGACGGGUGCCAGCCGCCUCGGCUCCGGCAUGUCCGGCCGCCCCGCGCCGUGCGCAUCAUCGCGCCCGGCGACCAGUGGGGCAACUGGGCGUUCCUCCUCUCCGCCGCGGCCUUCGGCACCUGGGCGGAGGAGCGGACGGCGUGGGGCGCGGCGCUGAGCGGGGCGCUGGUGAGCAUCCUGGCGGGGCUGGCGGCGGCGUCGGCCGGGUUGGUGGCGCCCGGCGCGCCCGCGCAGGCCGUCGUCAUGGAGUACUUGCUCCCCGUCGCCGUGCCGCUCCUGCUCCUCGGCGCCGACCUCCACCGCGUCGUCCGCACCACCGGCGACCUCCUCAAGGCCUUCCUCAUCGGAUCAGUUGCAACUGUAAUCGGCACAACGCUGGCUUAUCUGCUGUUCCCGAUGCGGUCUCUCGGCCAGGAUAGCUGGAAGAUCGCCGCCGCUCUCAUGGGGAGCUACAUUGGCGGAGCGGUGAAUUUCGUGGCGAUCUCGGAGGCGCUGGGCACGACGCCGUCGGUGGUGGCGGCCGGCGUGGCGGCGGACAACCUCAUCUCGGCGCUCUACUUCACGGCCCUCUUCGCGCUGGCGUCCAAGAUACCGCCGGAGGCCAAGAGCGCCACGUCCCCGGAGGACGGCGGCGAGGGCGAGCCCCGGGGCAGCAUGUCGGUGCUGCACGGCGGCGCGGCGCUGGCGCUGUCGUUCGCGAUCUGCAGGGCCGGCACGGGGAUCGCGGCGGGGCUGGGCGUGGCCGCCGGCGGCACGCUGCCGUGCGUGACGGCGUUGGUGGUGGCCCUGGCGACGGCGCUCCCGGGCUUGCUGGGCCGGCUCGCGCCGUCGGGGGAGACCAUGGCGCUGAUCCUCAUGCAGGUGUUCUUCGCGGUGGUGGGCGCCAACGGCAGCGUGGUGGACGCGGUGACCAAGGCGCCCGCCGUGUUCGCCUUCGCAGCGGUGCAGGUGGCCGUGCACCUCGCCGUGGUGCUCGGGGCCGGGAGGCUGGCGGGGCUGGACAGGAAGCAGCUGCUCAUCGCGUCCAACGCCAACGUCGGCGGGCCGACCACGGCCGCCGCCAUGGCGACGGCGAAAGGGUGGGGCUCGCUCGUCGUGCCCGGCAUCCUCGUCGGCAUCUUCGGGAUCUCCAUCGCCACGUUCCUCGGCAUCGGCUUCGGCAUGUUCGUGCUCCGGAGAAUGUCCGGCUUCUAG